CGCGCCGCGAACCACACACGAAAUUGAAAGGGCAGCGAAAAAUAAAGGCGAAUAACUGCUUGCUUUGCCUUUAGAGAGGAAAGACACCCAUUUUUAAACACCGACCGAGGAAAACAACGUGGAUUUGAUGUGCAGUAAUACAUAAAAGAGAUUGAAAAUAUGACAACUGAAGCAGACAAGGAAGAGGUGGAGGCUGCCAUGCAGGCCAUGAUGGAUGACAGUUUUGAGGAGGACCUUGCUGAAGGAUGGGACGAAGAAGGAGAAGACAAAGACUUUCCUGAGGAUGACUUUCCAGAUGAUGACUUCCCUGAUGAUGACUUUCCCGAUGAUGACUUUCCUGAUGAUGACUUCCCUGAGGAUGACUUUGAGGGAAUGGAUGAUAAGAAGGGGUCAGCACUGGACUGUACGACAGUUUAUGAGGAGGAGACCCUACCCUCGGGAAUCCCUCCUCCAUCCAAGCACCAUCUGGAAGUGCUUCAGAAGUCCUUUGGCCACUCUUCCUUUAGGCCAAUGCAGUGGAAGAUCAUACAUGCUGUGUUGCAGGGUCGUGAUAACUGCGUGGUGAUGGCAACAGGCUAUGGAAAGAGUUUGUGUUUCCAGUUCCCGCCAGUGUAUACAGGGGGCGUGGCAGUGGUUGUCUCUCCCUUGAUUUCUCUUAUGCAGGAUCAAGUACUGGCUCUUCAGGCCUCCAACAUUGGAGCAUGCUACUUAGGCAGUGCUCAGAAAAAUAAGUCUGAAGUCUAUACAGAGAUGUUUGCUGGGAUGUACAGAAUUGUAUAUGUCACUCCAGAAUUUAUUGAUGCUUGUCCUGAUGUUUUGAAAACACUCGAUAAGAGAGUCGGAAUAUCCCUGUUUGCUGUGGAUGAGGCUCACUGUGUAAGCCAAUGGGGACAUGACUUCAGGGUUUCAUACAGGCGACUGGGAAUCCUCAGGACCAGUUUUCCGAAGAUCCCCAUUUUGACUGUCACUGCCACAGCUACGAAGACGGUGCGGGAGGACAUCUGCUCGUCUCUUGGCCUGAGGUCACCAGAGAUUACCAUCACCAGUUUUGAUAGGCCGAACCUUUACCUGGAGGUGAAGAACAAGGUGAAGGGUAUUGUAGAGAACUUCAUUCCCUUUUUGGCCAAAGAAGCUUAUGGUAGAUACACCACAGAUGGACCUACCAUUGUGUAUUGUCCUACUAAGAAAAGAACUGAAGAGGUGUAUCAGGCCUUGGCAGGUUUGGGUGUAAAGUGUGUAAAAUACCAUGCAGGGAUGACACCAGGUCAGCGAGAUGAGGCACACAAACAAUUUAUGUAUGACAAGGCAGAUCUUAUUGUUGCCACCAUUGCUUUUGGAAUGGGUAUAAACAAACCUGAUGUUCGGCAAGUCAUCCACUAUGGAGCAUCAAGUAACCACGAGUCUUACUAUCAAGAGAUAGGUCGUGCAGGACGAGAUGGCCUGCCGUCCGUAUGUACUGUUCUGUAUGCACCAGAAGACUUUGCAGUGCAUCGCUACUUUUUGAGCCAGAUAAAAAACCAGCGAUACCAGGAACGGCGGAGAGAGAUGAUGAGCAGGAUGGAGAGGUUCCUAACCAUAACAACCUGCCGACGUGCAGAGAUCCUCUCCCACUUCACGUCCCGCCCCCCAGAUCAGACCCCAAAGAGUGAUUGCUGUGACAACUGCACUCGCAUACUAUCAGGUGGAGGAGUCAGCAAAGGUCAGAGCAGAGUUGAAGCAGCACUCGAUACUGAAGGAAAAUAUGACUUCACCGUGGAUGCCGUUAACCUUUUGAAGGCAGCAGAUGGUUGUAAUGGACAAUGUGCAAUAGGGUCUCUCAUCCUAGUGCUGAAAGGUUCGAACAACCAACGGGUGCGACCACAGUGGAAGAGAAUAGAGUCCUUUGGUGCUGGCAAAAAGAGGAAUGAAUCGUACUGGAAGGCUUUGUGUAAGAUGUUGGUGUUUGCUGGCUAUCUGUCUGAGACAACCAUAAGCUCAGGGGGUGGUGGAAGGGGGAGGGGAGGAUGGGGAAGGUCUGCCUCAACGUUUGCUUAUGAUGCCAUCGGGAUCACCAGGGAAGGAGAUAGGGCACUGAGGAACCCCAAUUGCAAGAUCCUCCUACAGCCCUCAGCCACAAUGCGUGAUGAACUGCGUUAUGUUAUAGCUAUAAAGAGACCAACGGCUGCAGACUCGACCCCUGUUGUUGGGCGUCGCAAAUUCACUCCAAGUGAAUUCCUUUGCCGGGGCCUCUCCAGCCUCCAGAAGCAAGGGCAGAUGUCGAGCCUAAAGACAGAGACCAAGGAAAACAGUGCAGAAAAGAGUGGAAGCAACAAGGAACAGGCAACGCCAGUCGAUCCUCGGGAAGAGGAACUAAAGGUUAAACUGUAUCAGUCGUUGAUUGAACUGCGUAACCAGCUGGGAGAAGAGAGUGGAUUCAUGCCUUAUUUGGUGGCCACGAACAGGGUCUUGCUGCAGCUUGCCCAGACCAGACCAUCGACACUUAGUGCACUGCGCAUGACUGAAGGCAUACCUGAAGUGAAAGUGCAGAAAUUUGGUCCUGCCAUAGUCAAACACAUUAAGGAAUUUUGUAUCAAACAUAAUCUUUCACAUCAAACUGAAGGUGACGGUGGAGAGGACAUAGCAAAUAGCAAAGGUGAAGAAUCAAAACCAUCAACUAGCAAUAAAGCCAGCAGUUUUGUUUCAUCCAAGCAGCUCUAUACAUCACAGCCUACUCUGGACACUUUUAAGUAUAAUUCCUCGAAGGCCAGCAGCUCAUCAGGCUGGAUAUCGGCAUCCAAAGCCAAGGUUUCCAAAUCGCCGUCACAAGAGGAAGAUACACAAGAGGACAAAGGACUGUCUACUUUAAAAGAAGGUGAUGAUACCCAAGGAAGCAGUGUGAGAAAUCAUUCCACAGAGACAGUGAAUCAGGUGAGCAAUGGGACUCAAGGCACAGACAAAGAGGAAUCAUCAUCAUCACCCGAUAGUGAUAAGGAUAGAUGCAGUAAUGUUGAGGAAGUUGGUACAAACAAGCAGGCUGGCAAAUCAAAGUAUUUUGUUCCCAGCUUGGACUUGGUAGAUGCUGAUGCCGAUUUGUUUGGAGCAGAAGAUGAAGAUAGCAGUAACAGCAGCUUCUUCAGUGGUCAAAAGAAUAAAACAACCUUUUUGGAAAAGGAAAAGAAUGAGUUUAGGACCCUCAAGACUGAUAAAGAUGAAAAAACUGGAAACGGCAAGAAAGACAAAGAUGAUAGCAAACCAGCACUGGAUAAAUCACAGUCAGUCACCAAAUCAAAACCACCACCAAAGAAAAGAGGAAUUGUGUAUGAUGAUUCAGACUCAGACAAGGAAGAAAAGUAUUCUCAGGAGUCACAGGAGAAAUAUGAACGCAUUCUGGCCGACAGCAAGAAAAAAAUGGAAUCGAGUGGCUGGAUUGAUGCAAAAAGGAUGAAAAAGAAGAUGAAGAGUAAUUCACUGUUUAAAAGAUAAGUUAAAGGGAAAGUGAAGAGUAAAAUUCACUAUUUCCAGAUGAUUCCAGAUACCCAGUGGCAUUUUCCGGUUAAAGACAGGCAAGAUUUCUGGGGUACUAAAAAGGCUUUGUGGAAGAAACAUUUGCCUGAAAGGAAAAAGUACAACAUAUGUAUGUAGACAUCAAGAUUACAUUUCCUUUUUAUGUUAAUGAUAAAAUACUAUGGUGUAAAAAUAAGUUUAGUUGUCUUUAUUUUACAAAGAUUUUGUAAUAAAUAUAG